UUCGGAUGUGUUGGGCCUGCCGGGUGCAGCGGUUAAUGCGCUGCGGGCGUGAGACCCCGGAAGGUGAUCCUGCGGAGCACAGCCCCACAUCGGGGUGCGAUCGAGACCCGGAAGAUGGAAAAGCACCGGGCGCGCGCUCUCGGCCGGGACAGCAAGGCGUCGCGGAGGAAGGGUCUGCCGCCCGCGCCCCGCGCCGGUCCCUACGAGCCCGGGGAGAAGCGCCCCAAGUUGCAUUUAAAUAUUAGGACACUGACAGAUGAUAUGCUGGACAAAUUCGCCAGCAUAAGAAUUCCAGGGAGCAAGAAAGAGAGACCUCCUCUUCCCAACCUGAAGACUGCAUCUGGAAACAGUGAUUGCUCCUCAGUGUCAUCAGAGAUGAUGGAAAACAUUCCAAAGCUACUGUCAGAGAAUGAAGUCUUAAAACUUUUUGAGAAGAUGAUGGAAGAUAUGAAUUUAAAUGAAGAUAAAAAGGCACCAUUGCGGGAAAAGGACCUCAGUAUCAAAAAAGAAAUGGUGAUGCAGUACAUUAAUACUGCUUCUAAGACAGGAAGUCUUAGAAGUAGCCGGCAGAUCUCACCUCAGGAAUUUAUCCAUGAGCUGAAAAUGGGGUAUGCCGACGAGAGACUCUUCACAUAUCUGGAGUCCCUCCGAGUGUCAUUGACCAGUAAUCCUGUGAGUUGGGUGCAAAGCUUUGGACAUGAGGGACUCGGAUUACUGUUGGACAUUUUGGAAAAACUGAUUAACGAGCAAAUCCAAGAAAACGUUGUAAAGAAGAAUCAGCACAAAGUUAUCCAGUGUCUGAAAGCCCUGAUGAACACACAGUAUGGUUUAGAAAGAAUUAUGAGUGAAGAGAGGAGCCUUUCCUUGUUGGCAAAAGCCAUGGAUCCCAAGCAGCCCACUAUGAUGGCAGACGUGGUGAAGCUUCUGUCUGCAGUGUGCAUUGUUGGGGAGGAAAGCACCCUUGAAGAAGUGUUAGAAGCCUUGACUUCGGCUGGAGAAGAAAGAAAAAUUGACAGAUUUUUUGCCAUUGUGGAAGGCCUUCGGCACAAUUCAGUGCAACUGCAAGUAGCUUGUAUGCAGCUCAUAAAUGCCCUUGUUACAUCUCCCGAUGAUUUGGACUUCAGGCUUCACAUCAGAAAUGAAUUUAUGCGUUGUGGAUUGAAAGAGAUAUUGCCAAACUUAAAGUGUAUUAAGAAUGAUGGCUUGGAUAUACAACUUAAAGUCUUUGAUGAGCAUAAAGAGGAAGAUUAUAUUGAGUUCUCCCAUCGCCUUGAAGAUAUUAGAGCAGAAUUUGAUGAAGCAUCUGAUGUUUACAACAUGGUGUGGGACACAGUUAAAGAAACUAGAGCAGAGGGAUAUUUUAUUUCUAUUCUUCAGCAUCUCCUGCUUGUUCGAAAUGAUCGUUUUAUAAGACAACAGUACUUCAAACUAAUUGAUGAGUGUGUGUCACAGAUUGUGUUGCAUAGAGAUGGAAUAGACCCAGACUUCACAUACAGAAAAAGACUAGAUUUGGACCUAAGUCAGUUUGUUGAUGUUUGCAUAGAUCAGGCAAAACUACAAGAGUGGGAAGAGAAAGCGUCAGAACAUGGCAAGAAAUAUGAAAAAGAAUUUACUGACCACCAAGAAACCCAGGCUCAGUUGCAAAAAAAGGAGGCAAAGAUUAAUGAGCUUCAAGCAGAGUUACAAGCUUUUAAAUCCCAGUUUGGUGCCUUGCCACCUGGUACAAAACUUCCUUUGCAGACUUUAGCAGAAGGUGAAACUGGCUCCUCAGCCCUUCCUUCAGCUCCACCAGCACUCUCUGAAGGAGUUCUGCCUCCUGCACCGCCACCCCCUCCCCCUCCUCCCCCACUUCCAGGAAUGGCAAUGCCAUUUGGUGGUCCAAUACCACCACCACCUCCCCUGGGAUUUCUUGGUGGGCAAAGCUCUCUUCCAUUAAACCUACCAUUUGGGUUGAAACCAAAGAAAGAAUUUAAACCUGAAAUCAGCAUGAGAAGAUUGAAUUGGUUAAAGAUUGGACCAAGUGAAAUGUCUGAAAACUGCUUCUGGAUAAAAGUCAAUGAAAAUAAGUAUGAAAGUAUGGAUUUGCUUUGUAAACUUGAGAAUACAUUUUGUUACCAACAGAAAGAGAAAAGGAAUAUAAAUGAUUUUGAAGAGAAGAAAGUUAUUAAGAAAAGAAUUAAGGCACUUAAAUUUCUAGAUCCAAAAGUUGCUCAGAACCUUUCGAUCUUCUUGAGCUCCUUUCGGGUGCCAUAUGAGAAAAUCAAGAUGAUAAUAUUGGAAGUGGAUGAAACACAGUUGUCAGAGUCUAUGAUUCAGAACUUAAUAAAACACCUUCCUGAUGCAGAGCAAUUGAGUUCAUUGUCUGAGUUUGGGAGUGACUACAACAACUUAUGUGAACCGGAGCAGUUUGCUGUUGUGAUGAGCAAUGUGAAGAGACUCCGGCCACGGCUCACUGCUAUUCUCUUUAAGCUUCAAUUUGAAGAGCAGGUGAACAACAUCAAACCUGACAUCAUGGCUGUCAGUACUGCCUGCGAGGAGAUCAAGAAGAGCAAAAGCUUUAGCAAGUUGCUGGAACUUGUGUUGCUAAUGGGAAACUACAUGAAUGCUGGCUCCCGGAAUGCUCAAACCUUCGGAUUUGACCUUAGCUCUCUCUGUAAACUAAAGGACACAAAAUCAGCAGAUCAGAAAACAACACUCCUCCAUUUCCUGGUGGACGUAUGUGAAGAAAAGCACCCGGAUGUUCUUCACUUUGUGGACGAUUUCGCACAUUUAGACAAAGCUAGUAGAGUCUCGGUAGAAAUGCUGGAAAGGAAUUUGAAGCAGAUGGGAAGGCAGCUUCAACAGCUUGAGAAGGAUUUGGAAACCUUUCCCCCUCCUGAGGACUUGCAUGACAAGUUUGUGAUAAAGAUGUCCAGCUUUGUCAUCAGUGCAAAAGAGCAGUAUGAAAAACUCUCCAAGCUACUUGACAACAUGACACAAUUGUACCAGAGUGCCAUGCGCUACUAUGCUGUUGACAUGAAGAAGGUUUCUGUGGAAGAGUUUUUUAAUGACUUGAACAACUUCAGAACUACAUUCAUGCAAGCGUUAAAUGAAAACAUCAAAAAACGGGAAGCAGAAGAAAAAAACAAACGUGCCAGAAUAGCAAAAGAGAAAGCAGAGAAAGAACGACUUGAACGUCAGCAAGAGAAAAAGCGCUUAGUAGAAAUGAAAACUGAGGGUGACGAGACAGGAGUGAUGGAUAGUCUGCUGGAGGCCUUGCAGUCAGGGGCUGCCUUCCGCGACAGAAGAAAAAGGACACCGAAGCUGAAAGAUAUCCGGCAGAGUCUUAGUCCAGUGUCUCAGAGGCCUGUUCUUAAAGUUUGUAAUCAUGAAAAUCAGAAAGUGCAGUUGACAGAAGGGUCACAUCCACACCACAGUAUCAACUGCAACUCCACCAAGACUCCAGUCGCCAAGGAGCUUAAUUAUAAUCUAGACACUCAGACGUCUACAGGGAGGAUCAAGGCAGCUGAGAAGGAAGCCUGCAAUGCAGAAAGCAACAGAAAAAAGGAAAUGGAACUUCUUGGCUCCGUUUCUAAAAGCGAAUCAGUUCCUGAAGUUGAAGCCCUGCUGGCAAGAUUACGAGCUUUAUAAAUUAAACUGGUUAAAAAAAAAAUGAUUAAGCCAAACACAAAGCCAUGCUUUCAGUUAUUACACUUGAAAAGUUGCCUUUAUGUAAGUGACUUUAUAUAGUUUAAAAUUAUGACAUAUAUUAGAAAAAAUAAGGCUAAAUACAUGCUUGCAUUGCUUUCCCUAUGUAAUUGAAGUUGUACUCAAGAUUGUAAUGGGCUUUAAUGUUUUUUUUUUUUGCUUUGUUUUGUCUCCUGGCAUAAUCUAUCUAUUCUAUAUUUGCUGAUUAAAUUAUACAUGUUGCUGUAGAAAGCAAGGAAACAGCCAUGUGUUCAAGUGUGUGUCGUAAAAAAAAAAAAAAGGUGUCUUUCUAAGUGAUUUUUACCACUUCAACAUUAAUGAAAGAGGAUUAGGGUGAAGACUUGCUGUCUGUCCAUGUGUAUUCCAUAUCUGCUGUCUGAAUAGACUCAAAUGUUUCCAGCAUAGUAUCAAAAACAUACAACUGUGUGUCAGAGCCAUAAUGACCAGGACACUUAUUAUCGCCAGUGUUGAUUCACGUCAACUUGACACUGAAAGGCAUCUGAGCACACGUCCAAAAACCAAGCAGUGGAAAUAUAUGCACUUUCCUUGCAAAAUGCACGUACAUUUUGCAAAGUAGGAGUAUAAGAUAAGAAUGUAUAUAGUAUCACCAUACUGCCUUGGUCUUAGCCAAGAGAACACUUUUACCCUCAGUAAUUAUGGCUCUGGAAUGAAGUCACCAUUUCAGAGAUUUUCCACAAAAUAAAUGUGUACUUUUGAAGAAACUUAGGAUUUCAAGUUUUUUUUUUAAGCUGACAAUCAGGAAUUGUAACAACAAUCUGAGUGUUUCAAAGGAAAGUUUCUAUGCAAAUGUUUCAAUUGUACCUCAUUUGGCAUUGUUCCUUUGCUAAUUCCUCAUCAAAUAAAUAAAAAAUAAACUUGUUGCUUGCACUAAAAGAAA